CCUAUGAAUUACACCAUGUGCCUGAGAGCACAUGGUGUAAUUCAUAGGAUGCCCCGUGCAGGGCCAGGGCAUUGUCCAAAUGCUUCUUGAACUCUGUCAGGCUGUUGCUGUGACCACUUCCCUGGGAAGCCUGUUCCAGUUCCCAGCCACCUGCUGGGAGAAGAACUUUUCCCUGAUAUCCAACCUCAACCUCCCCUGAAACAACUUCAUGCAAUUGCCAGGUCCUGUCCCUGGUGACCAGAAUGAAGAGAUCAGUGACUGUCCCUCCUCUUCUUCCUGUGAGGAAGCUGUAGACUGUGGUGAUGCCUCCCCAUUGAUUCAUUUGGACCUCCAUGAUGUUGCAGACCAGGCUGUAUUUUAACUAUGCAUGCAUCAGCCUAUACCAUCUCUUUGAUCAGAAACAGGGUCUGCUCUGUCACUCCACACCCAUGGAAGGUCUUCAAUUGAGACCCCUAUUUCCUGAAGAACCUUCAUGACCACCCUAAAAGAUGCCUCUUCUGAGAUAUGCUGUAAGUGCUGAAAACCUGCUUCUUUACAAACCUGCCUGCUUGAAAGAAGUCAUGCAGAUACAACUGUGCUGGAGGCACCACAAACAGUUGGAACAGAGCAGAAUGGAGAGGAUGGCCCUGCACAGCCUGUAAUCCACACUUCUCAGCCAGGCUGCCACUCUUUACCACAGCUCUGAUCCUUAUGCUUAGAAGAAGCAUAAUGUCUGAUUCAAUAGAUGUUCAUAUGCAACUCAUAGUUUUCCCAAGCUCCUGGAUAUCAGGCAAGACAUGGUAUGAUAUGGAGAAGAGACUACACCUGCAGAGCUUAAAAUAAUUUCCUGUUACCUCAGUUAUAUAUUUCUAAGGAAUACUGGAAUUGCUGAAGAAACCUACUGGCAAAUCAGCUCUGCUUUACUGACAACAACAUAAAAAAAUAUGACGCUAUAAUGUUCCAGGCAUAAAUUUCAAUGACCAAACAAGCAAGUCUCAUUCAUAAGCAAUGAAGUGUAUAAACCACUGCAAAUCAUGCAAUGAAGGGAGCAGUCCAAGUUUACGCUCCAGAGAUUACAGCGGCAAAGGGAUGGUUCAGGAAGUUUCUGCUUCCUUCCUAAAGGUAGUUGGUCCUGUAGUAUAUAAAAUAUGCUACAUGAAUAUGAGAAGUACAGCAGAGAGAGCCAGCAAACAGCAGACAGGAACAAAGUGCUGUGUCUUCUGCAAAAGAUGCCAAAAGGUCUUUUUACUUUCAUUCGUCUUUUUAUGCUCUUACUCAGUUUCUCCACUAUUUGCCUGGGAGUACUUUGCAUGUCCAUUAAUUCCUCCAUGUGCAGAUGUGGGAGCAACAAGCUAGUGGUUUUUUGUCUGUUAGCUCUGGGGCUCUGUCUCCUUGUUGCUGGCAUUUUCUGGAGCACUUUCCAUGAAGUCCUGAAAUACAGGGCCCUUGGCAUCUUCAUUCGAAAUCCCAGCCACAGAGAACCACAUGUCUGCACCAUAGACAGGCCUGACUUCUACCCUCCCUCUUAUGAAGACAGCAUAGAUCCUGAGAAACUUGUCUCCCCACUGUCAGUUGCCUCCACACUAAAACAGCAAGAUUUCAUCAAUAUUCCUCCUCCUCCAUACAGUGAAAGCAGUGCAGAGUUUGUCAGUGAAACAAAUGAGCAGGAACAGCCACCACCAUACACAUUAUCUCUGGAGCAACAGCAAACAGCUGGCCAAGACCCAAACCCCACGGAAGGGGGUUAAAUUCUCAUAUAUUCAUGCAAGAAAUUGGUUGCUAACAGGAUACAGAUUUCCAGAGGACCUCAGGAAGAGCAACACCUGUCAAAACAUGAGAGACAGGCAGCAAAUAAAACCUGCAUCUGCGGAGCAGGGAAAACUGGAAGACUUGUAUCAGUGAUCCCUAAUAGCAACAGAACUUAAGGUGAAAUUGUCCAGGAAAAACAUUGAUCAUUUAUGACUCAGAGUGGAAUUGGAGGGGAUAUGUAAAUGAAAAAGUAUUUCAAAUUAGAACAAAUCUCCAGAGAGAUAGAAAUGCUCAGGCUGUGUUUAGCAAAAGUCACCAUCUCUGGCAAUAGGAGUUUCUUACACUGCAAGAUAAAUGAACCAUCAUGGUAUUAUCAAUCCAGAUUUCUGCUUCAUAAGGAGUUUCAGAAGAAAGCUCUCAUUUUUGGUUUUCAGACAUUAAAUGACUUGGGAAACCUAUUAACUUAGCUUUUGUUAGAAAUUUGCAGAUUACUUGUUGCAACUGAUUAUUUUUGUAUUGUAUGUCUUUCAAUUUAUUUGUUUUAUGUGGGGGGUAAAA